CAUCAUUGCUUGAAUGUCAUACUAGAACUGCUCAAGUUGGCUGCUCAAUAUGGUGUCAUGUUGUCAGAUCCCAUUGGUCGCAGUCAUUACUGCUUUACCAUACUUGCUAGUUAUAUUGCCAACACUCCUGAAGCCAUGAUGCUAGCAUGCAUUGGUGGAAAGAUGUCCCCAGUGACCAUAGCAAUGUACAAACAAUUCGGGGACACCUUCCACCAUGAACCCUGGACAUGGUCAAAGACUCUUGGGCAACUGGAAAUUGUAUGCAUCUCAAAACUCAAGCAGGUUACCAGACAUUGCCACCAAGACAUCCAGCACUCAAUCAUCACAGUCAGCAUGGAUGCAGCACCUCCCAGUGUUAUUGUUGCUGUAUGCACACUCAUGCACUUUUGUUACCUUGUACAAUCACCAUGCAUUGAUGAUGAGGAUCUCAGUCACAUCACAGCCACACUAGAUGAGUUCCAUGCGAACAAGGAUGCAAUCAUCACUGCUGGUGUUUAUCAAGGAAAAGGUGGUAAAGUCAUUGACAACUGGCAGAUUACCAAACUCAAGCUUAUGCAGAGUGUUGUCCCCAGCAUCUGCAAUUCUGGCAUUAUAGCACAGUGGUUUGCAGAUGUUACCGAGCAUGCACACAUCACUGAGGUCAAGGACCCUGCAAGGGCUAGCAAUAACAAUGACUAUGAUCCACAAAUCUGUCACUAUCUUGAUUGUGCUAAUAAGUGCAAUUGA